AUGAGCACUUAUGAGAGGGUUAGUCGGCUUGCGCGCGCCGAGGCAACUGGUAGCGUUCGGGUCAUACCUAUGGGGGGCGUUGAAUUUGUGCCCUUUGACAAGACUCCAUCUGUGGGGACAAGGGACCUGGCCGGCUGCUCUGUUGUUAUCGUCGCUUCGCAAUAUGGUGCGAUUCUGGCUCACAUACCACCACGCCCAGAAAAUGCCCUCCCAUCGGACACUUCUGCUGGUGAUCGAAAUGUUCAGCAAAUCAUGAACAAGGUCGCCGAAGAAUACAGGAAAUGGCAGCAUUAUUUCCCAUCCUCCGAUACAUAUGCUGUCUUUGCUGUCUACGAUGGAUAG